CUGGAAUCUCAAAUCGUCACCUGAUUAAGAUUCCAGUCAUUGUGAAUCUUGCCUUGUCAUGUCUCCAGGAUGACCAAUGGGGGGAAGUCGACCAUGUCCAGUAGUCUGCACCUGCGGAUCCCCAACAGCUGCAUCAUAGCACAGGAUGCUUUCUUCAAGGUCCUCUCCCUCUUCCUUCUGUCUCCUCAAUUCACCUUCUUCAUGGUCCUCUCCCUCCACCUUCUGUCUCCUCAAUUCAUCUUCUUCAUGGUCCUCUCCCUCCUUCUGUCUCCUCAAUUCAACUUCUUCAUGGUCCUCUCCCUCCUCCUUCUGUCUCCUCAAUUCACCAUCUUCAUGGUCCUCUCCCUCCUUAUGUCUCCUCAAUUCACCUUCUUCAUGGUCCUCUCCCUCCUCCUUCUGUCUCCUCAAUUCACCAUCUUCAUGGUCCUCUCCCUCCUUAUGUCUCCUCAAUUCACCUUCUUCAUGGUCCUCUCCCUCCUCCUUCUGUCUCCUCAAUUCACCUUCUUCAUGGUCCUCUCCCUCCUCCUGUCUCCUCAAUUCACCUUCUUCGUGGUCCUCUCCUUCCUCCUUCUGUCUCCUCAAUUCACCUUCUUCAUGGUCCUCUCCUUCCUUAUGUCUCCUCAAUUCACCUUCUUCAUUGUCCUCUCCCUCCUCCUGUCUCCUCAAUUCACCUUCUUCAUGGUCUUCUCUUGACUGUCAGUUUAAGGAUGAUAGGGAAAAAGAGGCUCAGUGUCAGUGGUCAUGUCUCGCUCUUUUUCUCUCUUUCUUUCUCUCCUUUCUUUCUUUCUUUCUCUCUUUCUCCCCCUUUAGGAUGACUCUGUGAUAGCUUUGGACAGCAAUGGGUUCAAGCAGUAUGAUGGUAGGGGAAGAGUUUCUUUCUAUUUUAUCAGUAAGAAGAUACAUUUCAGAAGAUCGAACAAGUUUAAGCUCAUUGAGUGUAAAUUUACAGAGUCAUUACUUAUUUGUAAAUGUAAACAAUAAUGUGACCUAUUACCAAAGUUUACAUUUACAAAUAAGUAAUGACUCAGUAAAACCUAUUGUUCAUUUGGAAUUCAACACUUUAACUCGACUGUAUGAUACAUUUGUAGUGCUUGAUGCGCUCCACAUGGACAGAAUGAUGAGCAAGAUUGAAUCAUGGCGGAAGGACCCCGAUUCAUUCCUAGCAUCUCAAAGUCUGAAAACACAAUGCUCUGUAGGAGAGGAGGUGUUUGUGCUCAUCGUUGAGGGCUUCUUGAUCUUCAACUACGGGUAACUAAGAGAAAACAGAUCUUCCCUCCUAUGUGUCUCUCUCUCCUUCUCCCUCUCUCGGUAUGCCCUUUGUCUGAUGUCUGCAUGAUGAGAUGAAUUAUUUGUCUGGCUUUGUGUUUCAUGUUUUGAUUGGCAGGCCCUUGAACGAAUUAAUGGACAAGAGAUACUUCCUUGAAAUUCCUUAUGACAUCUGCAAAGAGAGGAGAGGGUGGGGCUAAUAGUUUUUUUACUCCGAUAUAAUUGCAAUGCUUGGAUAUAAUUAUGGUCUGUUCAGAUAGGCCACUUGUUGGGCUGUAUAACCUGUGGCUGAUGAAAAGAACAAGCCUUUGGCCCACCUUUCCUGUGAUUGACAGCUCGAGGGUGUAUACACCCCCUGACCUGCCAGGGUACUUUGACGGAUAUGUGUGGCCAAUGUACCUGAAAAACCGGCAAGAGAUGGAAGACAUGGUAUUGGAUAUUGGUGAGUUUUUCAUUUAGUAGAUAUAAAGAUCUUUCUUUGCCAGAUAUGUUUAUGAUAGUCGUUGUAGUUGUUCCUCCUCACUCCAUUGCUGUUAACAUGCUAUUGCUUUAGUUCAUUCUAUCUGAUGCUACCAGAUGGUCACUCAUUCUUUAUUUCCAGUCUUUUUGGAUGGAUUGGAGUCAAAGGAGGGCUUGCUGGAUUAUGUGUACAGGGAUGUAACCAUGGAAAUACAGAGACUCAUGGGUAAGUUUGCUCCUACAAAAAAUAAAGUUACUUACCUACUCAAAAUUAAACUGCUUUUUUAAAGUCUGAUUUGUGAUUAGACACCAGAAUGAUUGGGCAGAGGGGAAUUGAACAAGAGGGAAUGGCACGCAGUAUUCGAAUGGUCUAAAACCUUACAUUAUUUUGUUGUCUUGUUUUCACAGGGAAAGACUUAGCAGUUUGAUUUCUCAAAUGGUUGCUGAAAUCUGGAAGAGUAAAAGAGACAAUGUGUUGAGAAACAGAUGUGUUGAAACUUUGACUAAUGUUUACAGCCACAGGAGAAAGACAGGACACACACACACACAGUGCAGAACAGCCUUUCAUGUUAAAUCCAUUUGACUUUUACUCCUGUGAGGUAAAUGUUGUUUACAUAGUUUUUUUACUUAGAAAGUAUUUUUGCAAUCUACAGUACAUUUGUUUUGUUCAAUCUAUAAUGGUUAUGUACAUAGUUAAGGAGUGCAAAGUUUAUAAGCAGUGCAGACUCUUAACUAAUGUUAAUACUGUAUCUUUCUCUGUUAUACUGCAGUGUUAAAAAAAUAUUGUGGACACUGAUGUAUGUUCCUGAGUAGUGCCAUGGCAGGAAAUUAAUUGAUUAAAAGGUUGCUGAAGUGUGGUUUGGCUCUUAGCG